GCCACUCCAGGAGCCCCGUUUUCUCGACUCUACUCGUUACUGGGUCUCGCCUGUUUAUUUUCGAUACGCUUCUUCGCGGUGGUGGAAGAGGCGGCCUAGCCAAGUCCUUAGAUUUGAGCCGGGGGGGCCUUCAGGUGGUUGUUGGCGCCCAUUGGCUUCACUCUCUGACAGGGAGUGGUCGAGAAAACGGCUGGUUUGGGUUGGCCUGUAAUAAAGGGCCGCGGUGACAUCACGGACUAGGCCUCAGGCCAACAUCCCAGCCUUGAGUGGGGGCAGUCAUAUUAUAUAGCGCCGUAGGUGGAUAUUUAAGGCAGUUCCUGGAGAACUUCGCAGAGGAAAAGGCUUUGUGGAGUUGCAUAUUAUCUUGGACAAACAUUUGGAAGACCCAAAUUCAGAUCCCCAUGGAGUGACCUCUGGGCUUGUCACACACUCUCUGCCUAACCUACCUCAUAGGGUUGUUGUGAAAUUAAAAUGGAGGAGAGGGAAAUGAUGUCUUGACCAGUCAUAAGGAAGCUUGUCUAUGUAUGAUGCUGCUUCUUAGUUUCAUUUUACUUCCUGUCCUUGGAUCUUCCUGUUCUCAGAGAGAUGAUGGCGGUUUGUCUGUUGUUUAUGUUCACGUGGGCUUUAAUGGCAGGUGCUGAACUUCGCUUUGCCUCCUAUUUUGCUGACCACAUGGUAUUGCAGAAGGCUCCAGCUUCUGCAGUUUUAUGGGGCUAUGGAGAACCCGGUGCCAAUGUAAAGGUGAUGGUUUGCCAGGACUUCAAUAUUGUUAUGGAAAAAAUGGUGCAGGUGGAAGUCUUUAGGAUCUGGAAGGUAGUCCUGAUUGCCAUGCCACAGGGUGGUCCUUACUCCAUAGAGGUACAUCAGUUCUAUGAAGACGAGGUGUCCAGCAUUAUGCUGCAAGAUGUCUACUUUGGAGACGUCUGGCUUUGCAGUGGGCAAAGUAACAUGGAGAUGACAGUUUCUCAGAUAUUCAAUGCCAGCAAGGAGCUCGCACAGGCUCCGCACUUUCCAUAUAUCCGUGUGUUCACAGCUUCUCUUGCUCAGUCAGAAGAGGAACUGCUGGAUCUUCCCGAUAUCGAUCUGCAGUGGUCUGUGCCCACAGCUGAAAACUUGGGCCAUGGAGAUUUUGGUUACUUCUCUGCUGUGUGCUGGCUGUUUGGACGCUAUCUGUAUGAGACGCUCCGGUAUCCCAUAGGACUGGUAGAGUCCUCCUGGGGUGGGACACCAAUUGAAGCCUGGUCAUCUCGAAGGGCACUGCAUAAAUGUGGACUCUCAAAGGACUAUAGAAGCUUCCCUGCCUUUUUUCUGUUUUCUGGCCCUAAAGAAUUUUCUGUGCUCUGGAAUGCAAUGAUCCACCCUCUUCUCAACAUGACCCUCCAAGGUGUUGUUUGGUACCAAGGUGAAGCAAACACUUUAGUAAACACCGAUCUGUACAACUGCACGUUCCCAGCACUCAUUGAAGACUGGCGAGAAGCUUUCCAUGAAGGGUCAGUUGGGCAAACGGAGCAGGACUUCCCCUUUGGCUUUGUCCAGUUAUCUACAGAUCGUCGAGUAGAAGUUGAUGACAGCUUUCCGCGUAUCCGAUGGCAUCAAACAGCAGACUACGGCUAUGUCCCUAAUAAGAAAAUGCCCAAUACUUUUAUGGCUGUUUCCUUAGACCUUUGUGAUGGCUCAUCUCCCUAUGGCAGUAUCCAUCCCCGUGAUAAACAGAGCGUGGCCUAUAGAUUGCACCUUGGGGCUCUGGCAGUGGCUUAUGGUAAAGACAAUCUGACCUUCCAAGGCCCAUACCCUCAGCAAGUGCAAGUGGAUGUAUCCCUUAAGAUUCUGAAUGUUACCUACAGCCAGAAUAUUCAGCUCCACCACAUGGACAGCAAAGUAUUUGAGGUAUGCUGUUCCAACCCAGCUCUGUGCAAGUGGAAUGCAAUACCUAUUGGAACUGCCUCCUUCCGCACAGUGACUCUACACAACCUCACUUGCCCUGAAACGGUGACUGGCCUGCGGUAUGCAUGGACUGAGUGGCCUUGCGAGUACAAACAGUGCCCCCUUUACAACAUGCAGUCGUUGCCUGCCCCGCCAUUCAUUUCAUUUUCUCACAAUAACCCCAGUUGGGUCGUGUCAUGAAUACGGGUGGGUGGUGUCGGACUGAUGAGCUGUUGUUUUGUUCCCAUCCACUGCUAUAGCAAAAAGGCUAAUUGAGCUGUGCAGAAUCUCUAGACCUACAGGCGUUGGCUAGAAGAAUUAGAGCUUGCUGUAUUACCUGUACCACCUUGUGCU